CAACUGCCAACGUCAACAGCCUGCAACUUUGUCGUUUCUUUCGCUUCUUUCCACAAACUUCAUACGCACCUUUUCUCCUCUUCUCGGAUACAGUACAAAUCUUCAACUCCCGACGUUGAUAGAAACCCUGUCCUCCAAACGAGACAUGCGGCGCUUCCCCCGUCAACCGUCGAUAUAAACGUCAUCAUCCUUCCACCCCAUCCUCGUCCCGCCGUCGCAAACCCCGAUGCGCUCCACGCUCCACCGUCUCUCGCAGCAUGUCUCACCGCAUCGAACCCCCUUCGCCAUCGCCACCCUAAUCGUCCUCUCCGCCUUUUCUGCCCUCGCGACGCCGACUCGCCAUUCGCUCUUCAUCUCCGCCCUCUCCUGGGCCCUGGUGUGCGCAGUAUACAUCUCGCAGGCGGGACUGGGGUGGCGGUCGCAGGAUGGCGGUGGAAAGAGCCGGAGGUUCGCGGGAGUGGCCGGGGGUUUGUUUGCGUUGUCGGGCGUAUGUGAAGCGACGUCAAGGGAUGCGGAGGCUUUGUGGUGGACGAAGUCUCUCCUCCCCAUGAUUGUAUAUUUGGCCUACGCGCUGGACAUCAAACUGGACGCUUCCCUGGCCCAUGUCGAUACCGGAUCCAAACCAGAUGGAAAUAUUUCGAGGACCCCUCCAGCGCUGCUGAUCACCGCGACGGUUUCCGCUCUCAUCGCACUGAGCGGUCGGUAUACUCUCCCUUCGUCCACGGCACUGGGUUUGUGCGGCGCGUUGCUGCAAGGAUGUUCAUUCGUCUUGCUGGAUAUGGCGAUCAAGAGUGCGGAUAUCGAUUUCUAUGACAUGGGUGGAUUCGUCAUGGCGAAUGGGUCCCGUCGAGCUCUGAAUGCAGGCAAAGAAGGCAUUUCAUACAAAGGAGUCUGCCGCGAUGUUGCCGGGGCGAUCGCAUUCAUUUCUGCGCUCGCGGCCGCAUCGUUUGAAAGUUUUCGGCUGGACAACGGAGUGAGCGUGUUGCGGUAUUGGAAGUUCGGCUGGCGUUUAUCAGAAGCGCAUGAGAACUGGGACACGAGAUCGGUUCCCUUUCUCGUGUUGACAGAUGUUGUCCGGAAUCUUCUGGUUCUAUAUAUGGUCCAAAGACGCGGUCCCCUAUCGUUGAGCUUCUAUGUCUUGUUUGCGAUUGUUGUCGCAUUCUUGCUCACAGGAAUUACUCUCACCAGCGGUUGGUUUGCAGUCCUGUUCUCAUUCACAUCAAUGCUCUUUUUCAAAGAGCCUCAUCCGAUGAUGCCGUCGGUCGCCAUGCCACCACACAUGCGGAGCAUCAAACGAGCGGUGAUCCUUGUGUCCAUCAUUUCAUUCGUGUUCUGGACAGUAAGAUUUUUGCCGGACUCUCCUCACCCGGCCUACACGGGCCUGGGCCUAUUUGGCCCUCCCGCUGAAAUGGCACCCAGGGAGCUCGGAUCAAUGACCACACAUCCCAUCGAGCAAUUAAUGGACGAUGCACAGGACCAGUUCCAGGCAAUUCUGGUGGGACAGUCAGAAACGCUUGAACAAGUAGUCGCAGAGUACCGGAGAAGAUACAAAAUGCACCCCCCUCCUAAUUUCGACCGUUGGUAUGAAUUUGCGAAGCGACACGAUGUUCAAUUGGUGGACGAGUUCGACAACAUAUACGACGCACUCCUUCCGUUCUGGGCCCUUCCACCGUCCGUUAUCCGGAACCGAACGGCCGAGGCCCUUGGCUACGAGGGGAACGCUCUAAUCCACGUGGCGAUCCGUAAGGGAUACGUAGUGAAGAUCACAGGCGGUGAAGCUUGGUUUCGAGGGGCACUGUUGGGCAUGUUAAAGGAUAUCGUCGAGUUCGUUCCCGACAUGGACUUGGCGUUGAACAUCCACGACGAACCACGCGUGAUCAUCGCGCACGACGAACUCAGCCAGAUGGUCGAGUUCGCGAAGUCGAAAGCUAUCCCGCAAGCCUUCCAGACCAAAGAACCGGUCAAGAGGUUUUCUCCGCGUCCCGCCAACCUGGGCGACGGUCGACGGAUCAAGCCCGUCACGACCAGCCGCUUCAACCACUUCGCGCACCAAGACACCUGGACGCACAGCCGACUCUCCUGUCCGCCCGACAGCCCCGCACGCUCCUUCCACGAGACCACCGACAACCUCACCGCCUGGGCCGUCACCCCCCUCGGCUUAAUCUAUAACCACACGGCAUUCAGCGACAUCUGUAACUCCCCCUCUUUCGCCUCCACGCACGGCUUCUUCCAGCGCCCCAACGCCUUCAACCUCAUCAUGGACCUCGUCCCCAUCUUCUCCCAGUCCAAGGUCUCCUCCUUCAGCGAUAUCGUCUACCCCUCCCCCUGGUACUGGGCCGACCACACCCCCUACAACCCCGCCGCCGACAUCCCCUGGGCCCAGAAAAACCACACCCUCUACUGGCGCGGCUCCUCCACCGGCGGCUUCUCCCGCGACGGCGGCUGGCGCCGCCAACACCGCCAACGUCUCGUCCGCAUCCUCAACGCCCCCUCCAACGCCACCGUCCUCCUUUCCCAACCUCAACCACCUCCUUACACCAGCCACCCCGACAUCUUCCGUCCCACUAACCUCCCCCCCACCGACAUCGCCCCCCACAUCAACGUCCACUUCACCGGCCUCGGCCAAUGCGACGCGGGCGACUGCGCGGCACAGCGCGAGUUCUUCCACAUCGACCCGCCCGCGCGGUUCGAGGAGGCAUACCACGCGCGCCACCUGCUCGACAUGGACGGCAACGCGUUCAGCGGGCGGUUCUACGCGUUCCUGCGCUCGCACAGCGCGGUGCUGAAGAUGGCGGUGUUUCGGGAGUGGCACGACGUGUGGGUGCGGCCGUGGGUGCAUUUCGUGCCGGUGAGUUUGCGGGGGGGAGAGGUGAUGGAGGUGGUGCGGUGGAUGAGGGGGGAGGAUGGGAAAAUGAGAGAGAUGGCGGAGGAAGGGCGGGAGUGGGCGGGGAAGGCGCUUAGGAGGAGGGAUAUGGAGGCGUGGUUGUUGAGAUUGUUGUUGGAGUAUGGGCGGUUGGUGGAUGAGGAGCGGGGGAGGAUUGGGUUU